CGAUCUGAAUAGGUGCGCGCGCAACACACGCUACUAAAAUUUUGUAUUGUUUUUUUCUGGUUGAAAGGUAAACAUAAGAUUGACAUAAAACAUGAGCAGCAGAAUAUACGUUGGGCGUUUGCCUUACGGCACUAAUGAUAGAGACAUUGAGAGAUUCUUCAAAGGUUUUGGAAGGAUUCGUGAAAUCCUAUUGAAAGAUGGCUAUGGCUUUGUUGAGUUUGAUGACCACCGUGAUGCUGAUGAUGCUGUCUAUGAACUGAAUGGGAGAGAGAUGAGAGGUGAAAGAAUUCAGAUUGAGAUUGCUCGCGGCCGCCCGCGUGGUCAGGACAUGUGGCGGGACAGAGACCGUGGCUAUGGCGGGCGCAGCAGCAGUGGCCGUCGUGGUGGGGGAGGUGGACGAGACAAGUAUGGUCCUCCGACAAGAACUGAGUACCGCUUGAUUGUUGAAAAUCUGUCCUCGCGAGUUAGUUGGCAGGAUCUGAAGGACUACAUGCGCCAAGCGGGUGAGGUCACCUACGCUGAUGCACACAAGCAGGUUCGCAAUGAAGGAAUUGUCGAGUUUGCCAGCUAUAGCGGCAUGAAGAAUGCAAUGGAGAAAAUGGACGACACAGAGAUAAACGGGCGGAGAAUCAAGCUGAUUGAAGAUAAGCCAAAGCGCCGCAGCAGUCGUAGAAGCAGGUCGCGCAGCCGAGGUCGUCACAGCAGGUCACGCUCGAGGUCGCGAUCACGAAGCCGAAGCAGGAGGCGUAGCCGCAGUGGCUCCAGGAGUAGAAGCCGCAGCGUGAGCCAUGGCCGUGAUAGGAGUCGCGACAAGUCCAUGUCACGAUCGAGGUCGAGGAGUCGUGGUAAGAGCAGGUCUCCGCGCAAGAGGUCCGCCAGCAAGAGUCGUAGCAGGAGUCGAUCACGAAGUGCAUCACCUGAUAGAAAUAAUCACACAAAGGAUGAUUCUGAUCGAGGAUCUGAUAGGGAGUGAACUGUGCUUUCAUCGAAUGAAUUGACUUUUGCGCCAGACUUGAAUUGACUUUUGCGCCAAACUCUGAUAUCACUGUUUGAACAUGGCACAGUGUGACUGGAGCAACUAGAUUGCAAGGACAGAAUGUCAUAUGCAAUCGACUCCAGAACACUUGAAGAAAAUAUACUCUAGAAGACUCGAGGAAAAAACAAUUGAGUCUAUAGAAAGACAAUGAUUUAUACAUCAGUGAUUAUACAUACAGAGACUUCUGAAAAAUUCUCUAUGCUUCUUCUUUGGUAUGUGAUUGCCUGUGUUAGUAUCAUUUUGAUAUCCUCCGUACCUUCUGGCUCACUGAACAGUAAGACUCUUAUCCUUGGCACUGAAUCUUUUAUGCUUUUAUUGCCUGUAGAUGAGCUUAUGUUGUCUAUACCAAGAAUUAAUUUAGUAUUAUUGGCUAUACCAAGAAUUAAAAAUUAUUAUUGCCUAUACCAAGAAUUAAUAAUUAUCAUUAAUUCUUGCCUAUAACCAUGUUGCCGUUGCUAGUGCCAGUAGUGUAGUAGUGGAGGCACCAGCUUCAACUUGGAUGACCCAACAUUUUCUUGAGGACACUUGACAUGUUUCAUGAGUAUGGAUUAUAUUGACGUGUAGAUACCAACCAAAAAGUCACUUUUUUAAAGCCUCACCUGUACCCGCAUUACUGGUUUCUUAGAAUAAAAUAUCAGUACACACUACCACUGUUUACCUGUAACCAAUUUCAAAUCUAUGCUUGCAACUUGGGAGUUUUUCUAAAUACAUAUAGAUGUAAGCAUAAUGUGUGGUGGCAAAAAAUGUGUGUUUUAUGUUGUUGUUCUGACUGAAGCUUUUUCCACGUUCAGUAUCUUGCCACAAGGGUUAUUGCCAAUAUGAGACUGUUUCUAAAAAUUCUAGUCGGCCUCCAAAGUGUACAAGUGGUUUUUCUGUGCGAUUCAUUAUGCUAUUAUGCAUUAUGCUUGGUGUCACCAGUGUCCCCUGGUCAUGAUGUGAUUCUUUGGCCUGGCCUUCGGUGUCAGUUUUGUAGCGGUUAAUGAAGUGGUCUUACAUCAGUGAAACAAGAGUUUAUGGCUUAUCAUCCUCUUGUAUGUUCAGUAUUUCCUUUUUCGUCACCAAGUUCAGAUUGCCACAGAGUUUCUAAUAUUGUGUGUAAAGCUGCAAUCAAUUUUCUUUGCUUUUAUGGACGCGCUUGCUUUUAUGGGCGCGCUUUUAAUCGCUUUUCUUCCACAGAUAAUGAAAUAAUAUCAAACUGACUUUUAAAGCAUGUGUUAAUAGAUUUCCCAUGUCUGAUAGUUCAGGAAACCAGCUUGAUUUCUGAUAAUGCUGUUCCUUGAUGUAAAGAUUGAUUGUUGGUUUAUAGUUCUACAUUGUAUUGGAAACCAGUAUAAAUUUGUACGUAUAUUAUCAACUGUGGGAGGACUAAGGUCCCCUUCUCUGAGAUAACUUUCUAACUUUACUCGCCAAACUUUGUUUUCAUCCUCACUUGCUCGUCGAGGAAAUAAUUAUCAAAAGAACUAAAGAAGACAAUUAGGAAACCCUUGUAAUUUUGAAAGAUUAAACAAAAUUAGCCCGUCUCUUUGUAUCAUUUUGCUGGGUGACCCUUGGUCUCUCGGUACCAAAUUACUCCUUUGUCAUUGUAUCCUAGACACACACUUGACAACUUUUAUCACUUUUUAUCCGCCCUCGGUACUGCAUUUCUUAUAUCAUUGUGUGUAUGUUAGUUGUAAUUGGAUGUGCAAGUGUCCAAAUAAAACUUGACAGAUUUUAAUUAAA